AUGGCUUUUUUCACUCACCAUUACCAUUCUUUUGCUCAGCUAGUCAUCCCGAGCUUCAUUCUUCUGUUCGUUUCAAAAGGUGUUGAAGCUAACAAAUUCACAUUCAUCAACAAAUGCGAUUACACAGUGUGGCCAGGGAUUCUGGGCGCUCCAAAACUAGACAGCACAGGCUUUGAACUCCCCAAAGGUACUUCUCGUUCUUUCCAAGCACCAACAGGUUGGUCAGGGCGUUUCUGGGGCAGAACUGGCUGUAAUUUUGACGGCUCAGGCCAUGGCACCUGUGCCACAGCCGACUGUGGCUCUGGCCAAGUAGAAUGCAACGGAGCUGGAGCUACCCCACCGGCUACCUUAGCCGAGUUCACACUUGGCUCUGGCUCUCAAGACUUCUAUGACGUGAGUCUUGUUGAUGGUUAUAACGUACCCAUGAUUGUUGAGGGGAAUGGAGGAUCAGGUGCAUGCGCCGCCACUGGAUGUGUUACAGACUUGAACCGAAGCUGUCCAAAUGAACUGAGAACGGAGGGGGGAACCGCUUGUAGAAGUGCUUGUGAAGCGUUUGGAAACCCAGAAUACUGUUGCAGCGGCGCGUAUAAUUCACCAGCCACCUGUAAACCCUCUAUGUACUCAAUUGUUUUCAAGACCGCGUGUCCCAAAUCUUAUAGCUAUGCAUAUGAUGAUGCCACGAGUACCUUUACGUGUAGCGGUGCGGAUUAUACCAUUACAUUUUGUCCUACUUCUCCAAGCUUAAAGUCAGCAAGUAAUUCACCUCCAAAGGGAACAGGAACAACAGAUGAACCAGAAACAGGAUCAGGACCUGUUGAGGCAGCUUCAUUUGCAAGUUCAUGGUUGGCAAAUUUGGCCAUUGGAGACUCAACAAGAGUCCACCCCCCUUGUUCUUCUCUUCAAUAUGGUUUAGUUGUGGCCAUUUCUCUCAUUAUCUCAUCUCACAUGUGA